GAAAAUGGAAGCGGACUAUUUUUUGUGACAGCCGAAAAUGGAAAAAUAAGAUAUUUUUUAUGGGACGGAUGGAUUAUAUUGGUAAUUAUUUUGAGGGAAAAACAUGUACUACUUCAAACCAUGAAUUAUAACACCCCUAGUUGAAUCAAAUGAACUCUAAAUUUGUGUCUAGCAAAUGAAAAUGAGAUAGGUUUUGUCAACAUUUGCAUGUCAAUCGAUGUGGAAGCUACCUCAACUCCCCACCAAUAUCAAUCAUACGCAUAUUUCAUUCUCCCCCAUCAAUCAACACGUCAAACCCCAUGCAAUCCCUCAACUCCCCUAUAUAAACCCCCCCGCCCACGCAUCACCAACACCAAUCCACCAACAAACUCACCUUCUCUCCCACAUCCUAAUGGCAACCAAGGCGGCACUCGCAGCAGCUCUCCUCAUGGCCCUGGUGGCUCUUGCCACCGCCACCACCUUCACCACCUCCUUCGCCGAAGAGGCCAGCGAAAACUACCAGCAAUGCAGGCAGCAGGUGCAGGGGCGUCGAUUCAACUCCUGCCAGCGCUUCUUGCAGCAGAGGAGCACCCCGUACUCGAAUGAGGACGAGGACGAGGAGGUCCUCGACUCCUACCAGCCGUCGUCGUCCCUUCAAGCCUGCUGCCGGGAGCUGAAGCAAAUGGACCGCCAGCAAUGCGGCUGCGAGGCCAUCAGGCAGGCCGUCAAGCAGGCGCAGCAGAGCACCCGCCGCUACCAAACCGGCCAAUCCGAGCAGGUCUACCAGCAGGCACGCGCGCUCCCGCGCCGAUGCGGCCUUCGCGAGCAACAAUGCCACUUCCGCCUCCUCUUCGUUUGAGGAAAUAGCUCUGUGUCAAUUACCCUUGUU